GUACGCAUGCGCUGUCAGCCGCCAUUUUGUGAAUGAUUCUGAUUUCGACCUGAGCUAGGGAGGAGUUGAUGGAGUUAAAAACGUAAGGAAUUUAAGGAUUAUUUCAUGACCAGACGCGCUCGAAGGACGGGAACAUACUUCUACAUUGUCUCUGUAGUGGGAGUAUUAAUCUAACAACAAGGCUCUAGCGGUGAGGCAACCGCAGCCGUAUCACCCACCCUAUACUCCCAUGUGGGCAACACCUACGCCAGUCAAGCUAGUGCCUGUCUCUCGUUGUAACCAGGACUGUCUCUUGAAGUAGGAUGCCAUUACCGACACGGGUAUCACAGAUCAAAGAUUCUGAGGUCGCCUCGUUCUUCUCGGAGGAAGAUCCUGAGAAACUCUUCACUGAUCUGCAGGAGAUUGGCCAUGGAAGUUUCGGAGCGGUUUACUUUGCUCGUAACACCAGAACGGGAGAGGUGGUUGCAAUUAAGAAGAUGUCAUACAGCGGCAAAUCAUCUAAUGAGAAAUGGCAAGACAUAGUGAAGGAAGUCCGGUUCUUACGUCAAGUCAAACACAAGAACACGAUAGAAUACAAAGGGUGCUACCUGCGAGAACACACAGCAUGGUUAUCUAUGGAGUAUUGUUUAGGAUCUGCAUCUGAUAUUAUAGAAGUUCAUAAAAAGCCACUACAAGAGGACGAAAUAGCAGCGAUAUGUGAAGAUGCCCUGAAUGGUUUAGUCUAUCUUCACAGUAACCAACGGAUACACAGAGACAUCAAAGCAGGCAAUAUACUACUCACAGACAACGGAACCGUCAAACUAGCUGAUUUUGGUUCUGCAUCAUUUCUAAGCCCAGCCAACUCCUUUGUGGGUACUCCAUACUGGAUGGCACCUGAGGUGAUUCUAGCCAUGGACGAAGGUCAAUAUGACGGCAAAGUGGAUAUCUGGUCACUAGGCAUUACAUGUAUUGAGCUAGCGGAGAGGAAACCUCCGUUAUUCAACAUGAAUGCCAUGAGUGCCCUGUAUCACAUCGCUCAGAAUGACCCACCGAGUCUAGGAAACUCCACCGAGUGGUCCAGUGCCUUCAGAUCCUUCGUGGAGACCUGUCUAGCUAAGGAGCCAGAGCACAGACCGACGGCGGUGCAGCUAUGCGCGAAUGAGUUCAUUCGACGAGACCGUAUGAACAGCGUCAUCCUGGAUCUGAUUGAAAGAACACGGCGAGUAGUCAGGGAACUAGACAACCUUAACUAUCGCAAGAUGAGGAAGAUUCUCAUGACAGAAACGUUCAAUCUGAACAAAGGGGAAGGAGGCGAGGAGGAUCCGGAAGAUGGAGUGAGUGAUUCGGUUAGUGAAUCGGUGAGUAGCGAAUCGGGUGACGACGUGUUCGGAGGUAAAGCCAGUCAGAGCAACAGUAUAGGUAGUCAACACAGCAUCCAGGACAGCAUACAGAGUAGCAGUAACUGUGGUAGCAUCAAUAGUCUUCCAGGCCCAUCCGCGGAGUUUGAUAGUUUCUCACGGGACUCCAGGCAUCCUUACUACUGCCAAGCAUACAGCGGUCUUCCUCCUAUGCAUUCGGGAUACAGCUCGGCCCAAGAUCUAACCCUGGGCCGGUCCCAAGACAUAUCAUUGGGCUAUCAUUCCCUGAAAGGCCCCAACAAUCACGCCAGCUAUGCCAUGAAGAUGGGCUAUCAGAGGAAUAGAAGAAAGAUGUCCAGCGGUACAAGUCUCAGUAGCUAUGCAGAUGGUUCUGAUAAUCUAGAGGACCAAUUUAAAACCAUUCGGCCGACAAGUAUUGUGCAACGGCAGGCUAAGGAACAUGAAAGCGAAAUGCGCGAACAAUUCACAGGUUACAAGAGAAUGAGAAGACAACAUCAGAAGCAGUUACAACAACUGGAGACCAGACUCAAGGCUGAGAUGGAGGAACUCCGGCAGAAACUAGACAAGGAAUAUGAACAGUGUGUACAAACCAAUGCAAAAGACGUGGAUAAACUCCUGCAGAAACACCAAACUGAGGAGGACAGAAAGCAAAAGGCGGCAGUAUCUGAGGAGAAGAAGCUGAUGAAGUCCAUCACGUCACGGCAAGACACGGAACUCAAAGCCUUCCAACAACAUCAGAAGAGAGAGUAUAAGAUCAACAAGGAGCAGAUCAAGAAGGAGGUUGACAGCACACCCAAGAAGGAGCAAGAUUCAGUCAUCCGUAGUCGGAAGGAAUCGCUACAGCAGCAACAGCAGCAGGCAGAGCAGAAACUCCUGCAAGAACAGAAGAGGUUCCUAGACACGGAGAUCCGUAAACUCAAGGCCAGAUUGAUACUGUCCAAGCAUACGCAGCAACAAGAUCAGCUCAGGGAGAUCUUACACAAGAGGCAAAUAGUGAAGGAAAUGGAGCACGUGAUGGGUCUACGUCAUCACGAACAGACGCAAUCGCUAGAAUAUCGACAUCUGAAACAGAUACAGAACCUGAGGAGUGAACAGAUGGAGAAACAGUUUGAGACAGAGUUGGCAAACCAGGGAGAAUAUAACAAGAGAGCUCAGCGGGAACUCAGGAAGAAACACGGCCUGGAAACAAAACAACAACCUAAGAAUCUCAAGAUCAAAGAACAAUCUAUCAAGAAACAGUACCACGACGCCUGCAAGAUCCAGAUGAAACAGUUCAAGCAGCUACAAACCCAAGUCCUACAGAACACUGCGAGAGAAAAACAGAAGAGUGUCUCUAAGAAGAUGAAAGAAGAACAGAAGAGGAAGAUGGCGAUCUUAGGAGAGCAGUAUCGCUUGAGUAGCCAAGAAAUGCUUCAGUCACAAUCUAUUCGUUUGAGUGACUCUCAACAGCGAGAAUGCAAAGAGCUGCACGAAACCCUGAAACAGGAGUUAGAGCUACUGCACGCCUAUCAGAGUAAAACGCGACUACAGCUGGAUGCACAACACAUGCGAGAGAAGAAAGAUCUAGAAGAAUGGGUGUCGUUACGUCGAGCUAGGCUAGAGCAACGGAUCGAGGAGGACACGGUGCGGUUGCAAUCAGAGAAGAGCGAGCAGAUACGUCAUCUCCUUGAGACUCAGAGCACCGAGAUUGAGAGCUUCGAUGCCGAGACGUUGAGUAUGGGCUUCGAAGCUCUGACAAUUGAGAAAAUCACUCAGGCAUACGAGGGUAGAAUGCUUGACGGUCCCACGGGGAAUGGUGGUAGUUUCCGAUAUCGCUCCAACAGUACUUCAUCUGCUGGCUACAACUCCACGUCAUAGAAUUAUACCCCUCUUCUCCCCCUCCCUGUUGCAUAGAUGCCCCUCACGGUAGACACGUCUUUGUCUGUCAUACAUAUGAGUAGACACCUUAUGCUUUCACUGUUGAAUAUAAAUACCAAACCCUGUCCUCAGAGAGGGCGCUGUGCGCAAGAGCUCUAUUUACCACUGCAUUGACUAGUCUCGUUUCAAAACUGAAUUUGCACCAGGACUGUGACCAUCAUUACAGACAGCGUGUGUCUCCAUUGUUUUAUAUGCCGAUCAAUUUCCCCUGUAACUAUUUUUUUGCUUUUGGUUGAAACUUACAGUUAUCGUGAAGUGAUUGCGAUCAGUUUUAUGUUUGGAGAUUUUACCCGAGACGGAUCAGAGUCAGUGGAUAAGCAAUUCACAUGGAAUACCGCAUUAUUUAUAAAUCAAAGAGCACAUGGUCUUCACACUGUCUGUGAGUGAGCUACUCAAGCAGAACAUGGCAGUGUUGUAAAGUCCAUUACAAGUUUGGUCACAAAUAAAUCACAAGUCACGUCAAAAAAUUGGUCAAAAUUUACAAGGAUUAACAGUAAGAACCCAUUAUGUUUGGCACUGUUGUUUUUAAUACUAUUGUUCAUGACUUGGCUGGGGACUGGAUGACUUGUGAUUGACAUGUAAUGAACAUGUGAUGGACAUGUGAUGGACAUGUGAUGGACAUGUGAUUGACAUGUGAU